AUGGCUUCCAUAGGAUUCCUCCGGCCGUCCAUGAUCGCGCAGAAUGUCAUGAUCCCGGCACCCAAAUUCACAGAAAAAAACCUGAAAAAUCUCGCCGGGAAAGUGUACUUGAUUACUGGCGCCAAUGCCGGCGUCGGCAAGGAGCUCACACGCAUCCUCUACGCCCAGAAUGCCACCGUCUUCAUGGCCUGCCGCUCGCAGGCAAAGUGCGAAAAGGCCAUGGAGGACGUCAAGGCUGCCACGCCGUCGUCCACGGGGGCUCUGCACUUUGUCCAGAUCGACCUCGGCGACCUGCGCACCAUCAAGCCCGCCGUAGAGUCGUUUCUCGCCAGGGCCAAGCGCCUGGACGUGCUCUUCAACAACGCCGGUGUGAUGCUGCCCCCCAGCGAAACGACGACCACCGUCCAGGGGUUUGAUCUGCAGCUCGGCACCAACACCGUGGCGCCAUUUUUGCUCACGCAGCUCCUGACUCCGAUCCUCCAAGCCACGGCCAAGGACGAGACGGCAGCCGGCAACCCCGCGGGUGUGCGCGUUGUCUGGGUUGCGUCCAUGGCUGCCGAGCUGUACUCGGGCAAGAACGGCGUCGACAUGGCCAACCUGCCCAUGGGCAGCAAAACCUACGCCCGCCCCAUCUCCGACCCGAUGGAGCGGUACGGCAACAGCAAGGCCGGCUCCUACCUGCACAGCGUCGAGUACGCGCGCCGCCACAAGGCCGACGGCAUCAUCUCCGUGGCCGCCAACCCGGGCAACCUGGACUCGGACCUGUACCGCUCCAUCGGGGGCCGCCACGAGGACAAGCCUCAGCAACAGGAGCAAGAGGUCGGUCUCAGUUGGUACCAGCGUGCGGCCAUGAAGUACUUCCGCACCCAGAUGCUGCACCCGCCCGUCUUCGGCGCCUACACGGAGCUGUUUGCUGGCUUGUCGCCCGACGUGACGCUGGACAAGUCUGGCGCGUGGAUCGGGCCUUGGGGCCGCUUCUUUGGCAUUCGCGGCGACAUUGCAAGCUACGGCAAGCCCAAGUCCGAGUGCGGUGGCAAGGGAGGUGCAGAGGCGUUUUGGGACUGGACCGCCGGUCACGUCAAGGAGUUUGCUUGA